AUGGAGUUCUUCAACGCCAAUAUAGACGCCAACGGCCUCGGCUGGAGCGAAAAUAAAGACGGGCUGUUUAGCGAAAACCGGGAGAAGCUCAUUUCCCAGGCGACCAAAGCGCUGCUCGGGAAUUUUCCCGACACCCGCGACCCGGUCGUGUUGGAGCACCGGUUCGCGGCGCUUCGGCGGCUCACCAUAUCCCGAGCUGGUUUCAGCGUGAUCGCCGUCGUGCCCGCUCUGGCGACGAAGGUGGAGGAGAGCGUCGAGGACGCCCUCGGGCUGCAGGAAAUCGGCCUCACGCACACCGUCCUCGAGUUUUUGAACACCCUGAUGACGCCCCAUCACAAUCAUUACGAGGUGAAGCACGAGAUAAUCAACAAAAAUCGUAUUGCGAGUUCCGAAAGCUUUCUGGACCGGCUUAUCCUGUUACUGCAAACGGGUAUCCGUAGUGAGGGUUCUUCUCUGGUGGUGCUCAGUAUUUUGAACUUUUUCGAGUAUCUGCUUUGCCCGCCCUACAGUGAAACAACCGAUCCGAGAGACUUUGAAGUGGGUAUGAGAAAGAUGGUGCGGCUCGUCGGUAAGGGUCUAUUCCAACUUCUCGCUCAUCCGUGUGAUGCGAUUCGCUACGCCGCCGGGCGGCUUAUUCGGGUGAGCAUGGAGGAAGGCACGGAUGAGGAUUUCAGGUUUAUGCAGCAGGCUUCUCUCUCAGAGGGCGGGUUUUUGCAUCAGUUUAACGUCGCCAUCUUCAGUGAGAACCGUCGAUCGCGCGACCUCGCGCGGCGCUUGUUAGCCUACUGGACCUUUGGAAAUACGCCCAUGCAGGAUCUGCUGCGUAGGAUGAUUCCGGUUACCUUACUCCGUUUCUUGCAGUCGUCUGAGGAGCCCCCACCCGAUGAGAUGGAGUCCGAACCGCAAAAGGGGGUCCAGCCAAUGACGGAUGCCUACCGUGAUUCUAAAAGUGGGUUCUUUCGACGGUCUUUUUACCCCUUAAAAGCUCCGCAAACCUUCCACAACGGAGGGGGGGGCCGGAGUGAGGGGAAUGCGCCCAAUAACGUCGACGGCACCGGAAAUGAAGCAGAAAGCCAAAUGCGCCUGCGUCCUCGAAUUGUAAGGCCGAGCACAGGGCUCAACUGGACGUUAUUCUUUUACCAAAUCAAGCAAAACCACAUGCGCCCGGAUCUCAUUUGGAACCAAACGACGCGAAACGAGCUUAAAAAUGCGAUUGAAGCCGAAUUAGCAGCCUUUUGUGCCGGUCAGAAUUUUCGAAGUGAUCGGUCGGUGGCAUGGAAUCACCAAGAGUUCGAGGUGGUUUACCACUCGCUUGCGGAGGAAAUAAAAAUAGGCCAGCACUACCCUCGUUUGCUCUUUGAGAACUCGAACCCGGUUAUCGCGCGUCCAAGGGAGUUCUUUGAUGAUCUUUACCACCACUUCCUGCUUACGGAGAAGCUCCCAGAAAAACUGGAGGCCCUCCACGGUAUGGCACAGCUGUACAAACUUGACGCGAUGACGAUUGGGGAGCUCCGGGAUCUCUCUCACUUCGUGCGCAUGAGCCGCUCCACGACGUCGCCGUUAUUCCGCGACCGUCUGCUUCUUUUCUUCCGUGAGGCCCUCAAGGCGAGGCAUAACGUGAAGCUCUUCCUCGACGCGGAGGGUUUGGAGGCGCUCGUGGAGCUGGUCACCUUGGCGCAUCUGCAUACCGACCGGCCGCAGCUGCGCGUCGCGACCAACGCGAUUGAGCCCGGCCACCCCUCUGAAGCCUCGCGAGAGGGGGAGGGGGAGAAGGAGUGGUUCUACGAGAAGAACGGCGCGAAAUCAGCGCCGGUGUCGUUUAUUCAACUCAAAGAAUUGUACACCGCAGGUGAAAUCCAGGAUUCGGUGAGGGUGUGGGCACAGGGGAUGUCGGGGUGGAGGCAGUUUCGUGAUGUGCCUCAGCUGCGCUGGGGGGUGGUGUGCGCGAACAUGCCGUCCAUCCUCAGUUAUACCGCGGUCACAUGCACCAUCCUGGAUAUUCUUCAGUACAUUUGUGAUCAGUAUCCUUCUCGCAAUUCAAGCGGUGCCGUCAUGCAACCGCUGCCCAAGGUGAAGCGCUACCUUAGCAGUCCGACCGUCUUACCGCAUAUUGUUCAGUUGUUGCUUACCUUUGACUCCGCUGUCUGUGGACGGGUAAACACGCUUCUUUACAGUAUCAUGGAGGAUAACCCUCUCAUGGGGCGUCUUUUUUUCACGGGGUACUACUAUUUCUCAUUGAUUUACACCGCCUCCGAUGUGCUUCCGCUUUCCCGCAUGCUGCACAUGACGCAUCAGCACCAAUCUCUCGUAUAUCAUUCAAACAGCGACGCGACGAAACGGAAGAGCGCGCUCGCACCGCUGCUGCCCCCAGCAAUGGUGUGCUUUCUAGUAAACCACGGACCCGAGCGGUUUGCUGAGGUCUUUCUGGGCGAAUACGAUACCCCUGAAAUUAUCUGGGGAGGGGGCAUGCGCCUCCAUCUGGGGGGUAAAAUCGCGGCUCAUCUCGCCGACUUCCUUCCACGGCUUCUGUCUAACAACACCCUGCCCUAUCAGUACUGCCCUAUUGGUAGCAUCACGUAUGAGGAGCUGCGGCAGGAGUUGUUCUGCACCGAUUACUACCUGCGUCAUUUGUGCGAUACGGUGCGGUAUCCGAACUGGCCUAUCCGCGACGCCGUUUCCUUUUUGGCCGACCUGCUGUCGGCUUGGCGGGAUGAGCUCAACAAGGAGCCGUGUGGCCUCUCGUGGGAGGGCUGCCUGAAAACGUUGGAGCUGGAGUGGUCGGACGAGGCGGCAACGCCGCAGAGGAUUCGAAAGGCCUACUUUGAGCUAGCCACGCGCUACCACCCUGACAAGAACCCAGAGGGUCGGGAGCGAUUUCAAGCAAUCCACGAAGCCUAUACGUUUCUGAUGAGUGAUACUGUGCAGCCUGAGGGGCCUGAUCUGCAAAAUAUCUACCUUAUUUUACAAUCCCAGUGCAUUUUAUUCAAGCGCUGCGCCGAGGUGCUAAAAGCGUACAAAUACGCCGGGUAUGAGAUGCUGUUUAAGCUUCUUCGCAGUGAGCUGGCCGAUCACGAGAUGCUGCGGAAGCAAGUGCUUCUUGUCCUACCCGCGACGGAGCUUUGCCACCUCACCGUCGAGAACGUUCCGCUUAACGCGGAUGAGCUGCAGGCGGAAGGCGGCAUUCAGUUGCUCGGCGAGGUCGCAUCCCGUUGCUUUGACCUCAUCACCCCAAACUCCGCGGCGGACGCGAUCCACGUGAGGGUAGCUGUGCACUGCAUGUGGACCUUCGCGGCGGUCGCACGAUUUUCGGACUGCCAGCGGAAGCUCCGUGAGCUUCCAGCGAUCCCCAAACUCACCGCUAAAGGGGUGGCGUACGAGAACGCGCUCGAGCUUUCACGUGCAUGCAUUCAAGCCUGUGAGGCGCAGUGCCUGGAUCUGGAGCUGCAGUUGCGGUUGAUCGAUGCGGGGGUGGUGUGGCAUCUGUUGAGGGCCCUGCUGCGUUACGACCCGACGCUGGAGAGCGCAGGGGUGGAGCUGGAAGAGUCUCAUCACAUUCAGCUUUCUCGGAAUUACGUGGCGGUGUUCGCGAUGAGGGCGUUGUGCGCCCUCGCAGGGUUCGCGCCGGAUUCCACCCGCCCCGCCACGCAGCCCAAUGAGGCGGUGCGGUGCCUCUUGAAGCGGCUGUUGACGCCCUAUCUCCUCCACAUGAUCGCCACCACGCCUGGUCGUGAGACCGAAGUGCUUGGUCGUCUGAAUGGCGAUUCUGAGACUCCCCACUUCUACUGGAAUCAUACCUGUCGCGCCGAGCUCGAGGAGUUGCUGGAGAUGAACUCCAGUCGAUGUCUCAAAGGGGAAAUGACAGGAGAUGAAGGGAUGGCCUUGUUGUGCGCUGGGGACUUUUCCUAUACACUGCACCAAAAUGAGGUCUCCGUCGGAGGGGUCUUUCUGCGCUUGUACAAAGCUCAACCGGACUUCCGCAUCGAGGACCCUGUGGUCUUCUUCUCGGCACUUAUCGAGGACCUAGAGGCUUGCCCACCCAACACUACCUCGGCAUCACGUGUUGCGCUCGUCGUGACGUCGCUUAAACAUCUCGUCCGUAGCCACUUUCACGAGCUUGAAGGUCUUGCGGCGCAGCAUGCCGCCACACUGGUCGAACUGCUCGAUGCUUCGUCUCCUAGCGAGAUGCUGAUACCAGCCUUGAAUCUUCUUGAGCACUUAAUAGAUUCAGAAAGCUUCGCCGAGUCGAUCUGUAAGGUGCGUUUAGCGAUAUCCAGAUUGACGAUCCUUCUGGGAAGCCCGUCCGGGGUUGAGGUUCACAAAUCCUCUUUGCAACUCCUUAUGCGACUCCUUGCGUAUCGGCCGAUGGUCCAAGACGUCCUAGAUCGCGGGAUGCAUCUGAUUCUUUUACUUCUUUACGCGUCUGGCGACACUAAAGAAAUAAAAGAGAUGAGCUGCGUCUGCCUUGCAAAAGCCCUUUGCGAUAAACUAAUUGGGCCGAAGCUCUACCUGAGCUGCACGCAGUACCUCCCACAUAUUUUUCUAGAUAUCGUCAAGGAAGGCAACCCCGCGCACGCGUGCGCCGUCCUAGAGGCACGAGAGCAGAGCCCGGAGCUUAUCUGGAGCGAGGAUCGGCGAGAACGAUUGGUGCAGCAGACGUCGGUGUGUCGAGAUGCCAUCGUGUGUGCGCUUGUUGAGGACCCUCUACAAAAGUGGAGUCCCACACAGGAGUUGGAUGCCAUGGAGGGAGCGCCGGUGGGUGAGAUUCAGGUAGGUGGGGUAUUUCUUUCGCUCUACGUACAGAGCCCAAUGUGGCAAGUCCGCAAGCCCAAAGAAUUUCUGCUAGCACUUCUGGAACGGUACGUCGCGGUCUGUCAACGGGUGCAGGGGGCCUCCGAUCUUUCGCCGGCCGAUGUGCAUCUACUCGACUUGCUCACGCAAUCCGGCGUGCUUCUCCUCAGCUCUUCUAACGAGCUGAAGGACUACAGCUCGAGCUUGGGGUACACGCACAAGUUGGUGUCGUUUUUGACCUCCCCCAAUGAGGCCGUGGCGACAUCAGCCCUUCGUUGGCUGAACGAGAUGUGGACGUCGACGUUGUGUGUGGAAGCGACCAUGCCAGUUGACGCAAUCGGGCCGCUGCUCAAGUGCAACGCUCAGCACCCUGUUGCGGAGCCGCUGUUUUUCGAUACCCUCGCAAGGUUCAUCACCUCCUCGACGCCGCGCGUCGGCGUCCUCGCACUGGCAGCGCGGUACAGUUUGUUGCGAAUGCUGCUGCAGCGACUCGAGAACAGCACGACAGUAGGGGAGGCGCUGCGGGAACCCCCGUCGGCCACUCGCGCGCGCAUCAUCAAGGUCAUCAAGGCGAUGGUGAACCUCCGUGAUCCGACCCAUGGCAAGGAUCUUGAGAGUCUGCUGCGGAAGAGCUCCGUUUGGGAGAAGUACAAGGAUCAAAGUCAUGAUCUCUUUUUACUCCACGCGCAGCCAGACGGCAUGGGGGGACGCCUGAUUGGCGCCCCCACUCGGGCGGCGCGGUCGUCCUCCGACCUUCGCGCUGCAGGCGAAAUGCUUGCCCUGACCUUUCCUGCGCAUUCGCAGAUGAACUCCACGACAGAGCCACCACCUCUUCAUGACGAUCAACAGGACACCAACACAUCAGCAGAGGCAGAAAAAAAUAUAAAGACUGUCCUGGGAAUAGGCUGA